AGUGACUUCAUCUUGUCGACUUCGAUUGCACAUUGACAUCUCAUCCAUCACUUUGUCUUCAUCGGCCCGCAGACACUGACCUAUUUGGAGAAUCCGGUAAAGCAUCAGGAUGAAGUCCAAGGGGAAAGCUGCGAAGCAAUCCAGACCAACCUGGUCUGAUCCGGAGCCAGAACUUGAACCAGACACAGAAGCGGAACCAGGCUCCAGCGAGCAGGAAGACUCGGAGGCCUCGGUGAGAAUCGGCUGCUCCUGGAGAGGUUCCUUGAGGAGCAGGGAGGGCAAACGGCAAGGAGGGGCCGGAACCCGUCGGCGCCGUCACCACAGUUCCACCACGAAGGAGCGCAGCAUCCGGCGCCUGGAAAGCAAUGAGCGGGAACGCCAGCGCAUGCACAAACUCAACAAUGCCUUCCAAGCGUUACGCGAGGCCAUCCCGCAUGUGAAGAUGGACAAAAAGCUCUCUAAGAUUGAGACGUUGACGCUGGCAAAGAACUAUAUCAAGGCCUUGACUUCCAUCAUACUGGACAUGUCGGGGGCCUGCCUCCCCGCUGGCGAGGUCCCGUCGGAGGCCAGCGCUGCCAAACUGCUCCAGUGCUACCAGAAACACCUGGAGGAGGAAGGCGAGGAGGGUCUCACCCAGUAUCUCACCCAUAUGCACACUUUAAACCAACACAGCUAGCAGACCAAGAGACUGGUGGACUUUUGACCAGCAAGGACUGUAAGGCAGUGGGGGGUGGGGGGGGCAAAUCAAAUCUAGUUGCUGCAGGGGCACUGCUGAGGGAUCCAGUCAGGAAGGAUAUGUUCUGGAGGAGCCCAGUUGACUUGAUGUAUUGCAGCGCUCGAACACGCAAGGGAGAUGCUCUUCACGCAAAACGAAGGGUGAACUUAAUUUGGCGAGAUCUUUGGACUGUCCCGUCUCUUUUUGGCGUCUUAGCUCGGAAGCCGGGAAUUCUUCCUCUCCAAUUGUAAUUGAGUGAUCUUCCUGCCUUUUCUGUUAGUUGGAGAAGAAAAAAAAACGAGCAUCGCCUUCAGUCAGAACGACAACGUGUGCAUUUCAAUGAAGUGUGUUUGCUCAUUUGCUUGUGGUGGUGAUGAGCUCCCGUUCCCCGACUGACUCAUCUGACUUGUCUGCAGAGAUGUUGUUUUAAGAGUUAGGUUAUUUGUAAUGGCAAUAAACUCUUGUAUUUA